AUGUCCAAGGCCACGGCGGACUGGGAACGAGUCGGCGAUCGCUUCUACCGGAAGACCCAACUCUACACAUCCGUCUUCGACCCGGAGCUGGAACUCGAGAACCAUGUGCUAGUCGGCGCUCCACUAGCCGGUGCUAUAGCUCUCUACCGCGACGACUCCAAGCUAUACGCCUACCGCAGCACCCAGGCUGCCCGCCCCUCCAUCGACCUCUACACAUGCUCAGGCAAGCUGAUCCACCGCAUCAACUGGGACAAGGGCGCAAUCCAAGGCUGUGCUUGGUCUGAAGACGAGAGACUGAUCGUCGUUACCAACGAUGGAACUGUGAGGAUAUAUCACGGCCUCAGCGGUGACUUCAUCCCCUUCAGCCUUGGUCACGGCGCCGACGAGCAUGGUGUCGUCUCGUGUCGCUUCUGGUCAUCGGGCUUCGUUGCCCUCCUCGGUAACAACCAACUGGUCUGUGUCUCACGCUACGACGAGCCUCGUCCGACUCUCCUGGCCACUCCUCCCCAAGGUGAAAUCUUGUCAUGGGCUGUCAUCCCUCCCGCCUUUACUCUGUCUCGCUCCGUCGAAGCCAUCCUGGCAAUCGACGACACCAUCGUCAUUGUUGAUGCCUCCGAAGCUCAGGAUCGCAAGCUACAAAACGGUCCCUUCAAGCUCGUCUCGGUAGCUCCCAACGCCAAAUUCAUCGCUCUCUACACACAGGAUGCCAAGGUCUGGGUCAUCAGCAGCGACUUUGAGAACCGCCUGACCGAGUACGAUUCGCGUGUCAAGACUCCUCCGAAAGAUUUGCAGUGGUGUGGUAACAACGCUGUUGUACUGGCCUGGGAAGAUGAGGUACAUCUAGUUGGCCCCAACGGAGCCGCUUCAAAACAUUACUACGACUCCUGGGUUCACCUAUCGCCCGACGUUGAUGGCAUCCGAAUCUUCACAAAUGACGUCUGCGAGUUCAUCCAGAAAGUGCCAGAGGUCUCCGAAGAGACUUUCAGGCUGGGUUCUACCUCACCAGCCUCCGUCUUACUCGAUGCAGCCGAGCAACUCGACAGAAAAUCUCCCAAAGCCGAUGAGAACAUACAACUCAUUCGACCGAAUCUGGAUGAAGCCGUCGACACUUGUAUUAGAGCAGCUGGACACGAAUUCAGCAUACAUUGGCAGAAACAGCUUCUGAAGGCCGCCUCGUUUGGCAAGUCAGUACUUGACCUAUACAACAGCGACGAAUUUGUCGACAUGUGUGAGACACUACGCGUGCUCAAUGCUAUUCGCUUCUUUGAGAUUGGUCUGCCUCUCAGUUUCGACCAGUAUACCCGUUUGACGCCUGCAAACUUGGUUCAGAGAUUGAUCAAUCGCAAGGAAUAUUUGCUAGCGAUCAAGAUCUCUGAGCAUCUCGACCUGCCCCUUGACAAAAUCUAUGUUCACUGGGCACGUCAAAAAGUGCGUAGCUCCACUAGUGACGAGGAAGAUAUCUGUGCCGAGAUUGUCGAGAGAUUGCAAGGAAAGCGAGGUAUUUCGUUCGAAGAGAUUGCACAGACAGCAUACGAGGAAGGUCGUGGUAAACUAGCAACGGAGCUGCUCGAACACGAACCACGAGCUGGAAAGCAAGUGCCGCUUCUGCUGAAUGUAGAGGAGGAUUCGCUUGCUUUGGACAAAGCCAUCGAAAGUGGAGAUACAGAUCUGGUGUAUCAUGUGUUGUUACACCUGAAAAAGAAGUUGCCACUUGCCACAUUCUUCCGCACGAUCAACGGUCGCCCGGUCGCGACUGCACUCGUUGAAGCAUCCGCAUGGGACCAAGACCAGGAAUUGCUAAAAGAUCUAUUCUACCAGGAUGACCGAAGACUCGACAGUUCAAAUCUACUGUUGUCGGAUUCGCUCAAUGCUGCAGAUGCGAACGCUCGAAACGACAAACUCAAAAUGGCAUCGAAAAUCCUGCAAGAGUCAAAGGACCAAUCAGUACAAGUACGAGCCAUCGACGAAGAGCAGAAGCUGCUCAAGUUUCAAGACACAUUCAAGCGUGAUCUCGAUGAGGACUUUAGCGGCCUUAGUAUCAACGAGACGAUCUACAGGCUCAUCCGAUUGGGCAAUGUGAAGCGGAGUCUCAAGGUUCAGUCCGAGUUCAAGGUCUCGGACAAGGUCUAUUGGUGGAUACGCUUGCGUGCACUCGUGUCACGUCGUGACUGGCGCGAGCUUGAGGACUUGUUAAAAACUCGCAAGAGCCCCAUCGGCUGGGAGCCGUUCGUCAAUGAGAUCCUGUCUGCUGGUAACCCAAAGCUGGCGUCUCUGUUCAUUCCUAAAUGCACGAGUCUUACAGUAGAAGAACGUGUGGAGCUGUGGACAAAGUGUGGACUGAUAGUUCGUGCAGCCGAAGAAGCGGCCAAAGCUCGUAACCUCAGAUUACUUGAGUCGCUUCGUGAGAAGGCCACAGGUCAGGCUGCUACGGACGUUGAGAGGUUGAUCCAGCAGGUGUCGAAGAAAUAG